AUGUCAAACACAACACAAGUUAUUACAUGCAAAGCUGCGAUAUGUUGGGAGGUUGGAAAACCAGCAACAGUGGAAGAGAUACAAGUAGAUCCACCAAAAGCAACUGAAGUUCGAGUUAAGAUGCUUUGCGCUAGUCUUUGCCACACAGAUAUCUCAAGCAUUCAAGGAUUUCCACAUAACAAAUUCCCUCUAGCACUUGGACAUGAAGGAGUAGGUGUUGUGGAGAGUGUUGGUGAUGAAGUGAAAAAUCUGAAACAAGGGGAUAUUAUAAUUCCAACCUAUGUUGGAGAGUGUAAAAAAUGUGAGAAUUGUGUUUCUGGGAAAACCAAUCUUUGUCUGAAAUAUCCUGUCAGAUUCACUGGCCUAAUGCCUGAUAACACUUCAAGGCUGUCUGUUAAAGGAAAAAGAUUAUAUCAUGUUUUGAGCUGUGCUACAUGGUCAGAGUAUGUGGUUGUUGAUGUCAACUAUCUACUCAAAGUUGAUCCAAGCAUUAAUCUAGCUUAUGCUAGUUUUAUCUCAUGUGGUUUUGCAACUGGUUAUGGAGCUGCUUGGAAGGAAGCUAGGGUUAAAAGUGGUUCAACUGUUGCUGUUUUCGGUCUUGGCGCUGUUGGAUUAGGGGCAAUAAGUGGAGCAAAAAUGAUGGGAGCAAGUAAAAUAAUUGGAGUUGACAAAAAUGAGAUGAAGAGAGAAAAAGGAGAAGUUUUUGGAUUAACCAACUUUAUAAAUCCAAGUGAUUCUGAAAAAUCUGCUUCAGAAUUGGCGAAAGAAGUAAAUGGUGGAAUUGGUGUGGAUUACUCUUUUGAGUGCACUGGAGUUCCUUCUUUACUUAAUGUCUCAAUUGAUGCCACCAAAUUGGGAACAGGUAAAACAAUAGCUAUUGGUUCAGGAGUUGAAAAUAUUGUUCCACUUGAUCUUAUUGCCAUUAUAUUUGGUAGAACAUUGAAAGGUUCUGUUUUUGGAGGACUGAAAACUAUUUCUGAUCUUUCCAUCAUAGCAGACAAAUGUCAGAAAGAGGAACUCCCUCUUCAUGAGCUGCUCACCCAUGAGGUACCACUGUCGGAUAUAAACAAAGCAUUUGAGCUCUUGAAGCAACCUGGUUGUGUAAAAGUUGUCGUCAAGAUGUGA